AUGGACCAAUUAAAGCCUCCUGAAGGACUAAAGAUGGACGGGAACUUGUCGGAAAAUUGGCGGAAGUGGUACCAAAGAUUCCAGUUGUACCUUACUGCGUCAGGGAUCGAUAAAAAGGAUGAAAAAAUCCAAACGGCAACGUUUCUCCAUGUGAUCGGCACAGAUGCGCUGGAAGUUUUCAACACUUUCAAGUUCGACAACGAAGGUGAUCAAGAGAAAAUGGAACCUGUUACAGAUAAGUUUCAGCAGUAUUGUAAUCCUCGUAAAAAUGUAACAUUUGAACGGCACGUGUUCUUCACUCGAAAUCAGCAGGCGGUAGAAACGAUAGACCAGUAUGUUACAGAGUUGAGGACAAGGGCGACCACGUGCGAGUUCGGUGACCUCUGUGAUAGCUUGAUCAAGGACAGACUGGUAUGUGGGGUUCGAGAUGAAACAAUAAGGGCAAGACUGUUGAGAGACUCUGAUCUAAAUCUCAAGAAAGCUAUUGACAUUUGUCGUGCUAGUGAAAUGAGUGCAUCACGGUUGAAAUCACUAACCAGUGAAGAUGAUAAAUCGGUCCACGUGGUGAAACAGAAACAGACAGGAGGCGGCCCGUCACAGUCGGCACACACGGGUAAGUCGCAAUGUCAGAAAUGUGGCAAAGAUCAUUUGAGAAAUGACUGUCCAGCAUAUGGGAAAACGUGUAAUAAGUGCAAGAAACUUAAUCAUUUCGCCAUGAUGUGUAGAACUGACUUAAACAAAAAUAAUGGACGAGUUCAAACUCAAGGUCAACCCAAGUACAACACCCGUUAUAAGAAUCCAGAUAGAAAGGGAAAGGUACAGGUGAUAGAUACACACGAUGACACUGAAGAUCUGUUUAUUGGAACUGUACGAGUGGACAAAGUCAGCACAGAGUCAGUGACAAAUAAUGAUGAAUGGUUUGUAAACCUUCGACUGAAAAACAAAUCUGUGAAAUUUAAAAUAGACACAGGGGCUCAGUGUAAUGUGAUCUCGAAAAAAGACUACAUAGCUGCAGGUGGAAAAACAGUGAGUAGAAAGAAUGUCAAAAAACUGUAUACACUGACAGGGGAGAGAAUUCAAACCGUUGGUCGUGCAAUGGUUCAGUGCGAGUACAAGAAUAGAUACUACGUGCUAGAUUGUCAUGUCGUUGAGCAAGACGUCACCCCAGUUAUUGGACUUUUGUCAUGUCAAGAGUUGAAUCUUGUAAAGAAAGUUGAUCCUGUUAGCACAGAAACAAAACAAAACACAGAUAUCCUGAAGGAAUAUUCAGAUGUUUUUAGUGGAUUACAAGGAUCAUUCUACAAACAUCAUAUUGAAAUAGACCCUACAGUGAAACCGGUUGUUCACCCUCCACGCAAAGUACCGUUAGCAGUACAUGACCAAGUAAAACAGGAACUUGACAGGAUGGAGAAAUUAGGCGUAGUUGAGAAAGUACAUGAGCCAACCGACUGGGUUAACUCGAUGGUGGUAGUGAAAAAAUCAAACAAUAAACUCAGGAUCUGUAUUGACCCCAAAGAUAUGAACAAGGCAAUUAAAAGAGAACACUUUCCUAUGAAAACGAUAGACGUCACAGCUAAAGUAGCAAACGCCAAGUACUUCUCAAAACUCGACGCGGAGUCAGGAUUUUGGCAAAUUGAGCUAGACGAGCCAAGCAGUAACUUGUGCACAUUCAACACACCUUUCGGACGUUAUAAGUUCCUCAGAGUACCAUUUGGUUUAUCAAGUGCACCUGAAGUAUUCCAGAGAGCCAUGUCAGAAGUUUUCAAGGACUUGGAUGGUGUCGAACCAAUAGUGGAUGAUAUCCUUAUUUGGGGUGAGACACGUGAACAACAUGAUGCUAGGCUACGUUCAGCACUAGAAACGGCUAGGAAAGCUAAUGUGAAACUGGACAAGUCAAAAUGCCAGAUAGCAGCCACAGAAUUAAACUAUAUUGGACAUACACUCAGCGCUCAGGGUUUGAAACCAGAUGCGGAGAAAGUGAAAGCAAUACAGGAAAUGCCUGACCCUGAAGACAAGGCAGGAUUGAUGAGAUUUAUAGGUAUGGUUCAAUAUGUUGCUAAGUUUAUACCAAACCUGGCAGAAGUCAGCGCACCACUUCGGCAACUUCUGGAAAAUGACGUUUGCUGGGAUUGGGGCCAAUCACAACAAAAUAGCUACAAACGGCUGAAAGAUCUCGUAAGUGAGGCACCUGUGCUCAAGUUUUACGACGUUAAACAACCAGUAACAAUGUCAGUCGACGCGUCCUCAACAGGACUUGGAGCAGUGCUAUUACAAAACAACCAGCCAGUGGCAUAUGCGUCAAAAUCUCUCACAACCGCACAAAAACAUUAUGCUCAAAUAGAGAAGGAGAUGUUGGCAAUAGUGUUUGGCACAAGCAAAUUCCACCAAUACAUUUACGGAAAGAAAGUUUCUGUACAGACUGAUCAUAAACCACUUGAAAUCAUAGUGAGGAAGCCACUCUACUUAGCACCAACCAGACUGCAGAAAAUGCUAUUGAAGAUUCAACCAUACGACCUUGACAUAAAGUAUGUACCAGGAAAAGAACUCCAUGUCGCAGAUGCCUUGAGUAGAGCACACUUGCCUGAAGUUGGCGACACAACAAAACUGGAGGAUGACUACGAAGUUCUUAGUGUAUCAGCAGUCUCUGACGAGAAAUUUAACAAGAUCAGCAAGGAAACAGAGAAAGAUCCAUCCCUGAAAAUUGUUAAAUCACUAAUUCUACUCGGAUGGCCGGACAACAGGUCAGAUGUUCCGUCACCAGCUUUAGAUUACUGGAAUUUUCGUGAUGAGCUUAGUGUACGAAAUGGUGUGAUCUUAAAAGGUGAAAGGCCUGUUAUUCCAAGUGCUAUGAGAUGUGAAAUGUUAGAAAAAAAUCAUGAAUCUCACUUAGGUGUAGAAAAGUGUAGGCAAAGGGCUAGUGAUGUUAUAUUUUGGCCCAAAAUGUCCAAAGAUAUAUCUGAUGUAGUGUCGCGCUGUGCUAUUUGUCAGGAAAACAGGAUGAGCAAGCCAAAAGAACCACUCAUACCUCAUGGAGUUCCAUUGAGACCAUGGUCGAAAGUGGGUGGUGAUUUGUGUCAGAUAGAUGGUGAUCAUUUCUUAGUUCUAGUAGAUUAUUAUUCAGAAUUCUUUGAAGUGUCAAAGUUGAAGGAUACCAGGAGCGAAACCGUUAUAAUCAACUGCAAAUCACAGUUUGCACGCCACGGAAUACCAGAAUUACUUAUUACUGAUAAUGGUCCUCAGUUUGAUUGUCGGGAAUUUCAGAGAUUCACCAAGGAGUUUGGGUUCGAACACAGGACCUCAAGUCCUAUGUUUCCACAAUCUAAUGGAAUGGCCGAAAAGGCUGUGCAAACUGUCAAAAAGCUUCUAAAAAAGGCUAAACAAGAUGGGCGAGAUCCAUACUUGGCCCUAUUGGAUCACAGGAAUACACCCAGAGACUCGAACCUAGGAUCACCGGCACAGAGACUCAUGAGUCGAAGAACCAAGACUCUGUUACCUACAUCAGAAACAUUGUUGAAACCAGAACUAGUUGUAAAUGUGAAGGAAAAUUUGGAAAGUAAAAGAUUACUUCAGAAACAUUACCAUGACAUUGGAGCAAGGGAAGCAACUCCAUUUGAAAUCGGACAAAAUGUCAGAGUCCGAAUCAAACCUGGUAAUUCUCCCUGGAUACCUGGACGCGUAGUCGCAAAGGACUCAGCACCACGCUCAUACAUUGUGAACUCACAAGGCAGGGCUUAUCGACGAAACUCCAAUCACAUUCUUCGGUCAAAAGAACAUUUUACCAAGAAACAGCUUGAUGUCAAUCCUCAGGUUAAACAUCAUGAAUACCAACUUGAUAUUCCAAAUAGUAGUGAAAUACAACCCGAGUUGUAUCGUGAGGACCUUGACCAUCCAAAAAACCUCAGCCAGGAAUCUUCAAAGCCAGCUGUCCCUGCUAAAACAUCUACUGGGCGUGUAAUUAAAAAACCAUAG